ACCAAUGAUUACCUUGAUAAAGAGUCGGUGCCUCUUUAUGAUAUUACAAUCACGGCUAAAGACUUAGGAAUCCCUCCUCUGUCGUCAACUAAAGUAAUUCAAGUGGAGGUAGUAGAUGUUAAUGAUAAUAGUCCACUAUUCACUGAAAACCCAUAUACAUUUUAUGUAGUUGAAAACAAUAAGCCUGGUAUGCCCAUUUUCUCAGUAAGCGCGUCUGAUGUUGAUGAAGGUGAAAAUGCAGCAAUUUUAUAUUCACUGGACCGUGGGAGCACUGGACAAAGCGUGACAUCCUUCCUAAACAUAAAUGAAGGCAACGGUACCAUUUACGCACUAAAGAGCUUUGACUUUGAAACCCUCAAAACGUUCCAGUUUCACAUCAUUGCCAAAGACUCUGGAACUCCGUCACUAAGCAGCAACGUCACAGUGAACGUGUUCAUUCUGGAUCAGAAUGACAACACUCCAGUGAUAUUGUAUCCAGUCAGCGCUAACGGUUCCACUGAAGGUGUGGAAGAGAUUCCCCGCAAUGUGAACGUAGGCCAUUUGGUGACUAAAGUGAGAGCCUAUGACGCUGAUAUAGGAUAUAACGGCUGGUUAUUAUUUUCACUGCAGGAAGUUACUGACCACAGUCUCUUUGCUUUGGACCGCUAUACAGGACAGAUAAGGACACUUCGGUCAUUCACAGAGACAGACGAGGCUGAGCAUAAACUGGUCAUACUGGUAAAAGACAAUGGGAACGUUUCACUCUCAGCAACAGCUACUGUGAUUCUCAACGUCGUGGAGCCCAAAGAGGCUUUUGCAGCUUCAGAUGUUACAAGUUCAGUAAAAGACGAGGAAGAGAAUUUCGUUACAUUUUAUCUGAUCAUUACUUUGGGGUCAGUUUCAACGCUUUUUCUCAUCAGUAUCAUCGUGUUGAUUUCAAUGCAGUGCUCCAAACCCACAGACUAUUCAUCCAAGUAUUUACAAGAUGUGAAUUACGACGGGACACUGUGCCACAGCAUCCAGUACAGAUCCGGAGACAAACGGUACAUGUUAGUUGGACCCAGAAUGAGUACAGGUUCUACUAUAGUCCCGGGCAGCAAUGGGAAUACCUUAGUGGUCCCCUCAGAACACAGGAAAAGAGCUUCUGCAGAGGUAAGAACUCUCUCUCUAUUAUUUACUGCCUAUUAAGUCGGAUAAACAGAGAUGUUUUGAGUAAAUUUUGUUUUGUCUCCGAAUAAUGUCCAUGGUGCUGAAUUAUCACAAACUCACUGCUAAGCAAGCUAGGCUACUACCUCGAGUUUAUUAUCUGUUAUUUUGCUGUGUACUCCUUCAAGUCACUUUCUUCCUCUACCUCCCAUAUAUAUCUCUCUUCACCUUUAUUCGUUCUUUGAUGGUUAAUUUGGAUUGUAAUUGGUAUAUUUAUUGGGUUUGAUGCAACACGAAUACAACGAUUAUCACUUCCUCUGAGCUUAUGUACAUAGUUUUUGUGGAUACCUGAAUCCCGGACCACAGGUUGUCAGUGUAACACAAGGAGAAUGUCUGGUACUUUUUAAACUAGGCCCCUCUCUGGGCUGUUUUGUUCCACACAUACAGAGAGAGCAGUGCAGACAUCAGAACAAGACGUGCUAUGAUAGUCAGAGAAUAGUUGUAUUACUUAGUUCUGAAACAUUGGAUUUGUCACGGAUUAUUAUGAGUUGUUCUAUUUUUGUCAUUGAGGAUUGUGCUUAAUUUUCUGUCUAAUGAUGGGAGGACAAAGGCGUAGAUGGGAGUACUAGUGUGUUGCUAUGUGUUUCUCUUUGCUGCUGUGCUUCGGGCAGCAGGUUUCAGCACAGAUAAGGUACUCUAUUCCAGAGGAGGUGAAAGAGGGAUCCGUUGUUGGAAAUGUUGUUAAGGAUUUGGGUCUUGACGUUAGUACUUUGGUGGAGAGACGGUUUCGUAUCGUUUAUGGAUCCAAGGACGCUCUUUUCCAUGUAAAUCAGAACAAUGGCGUCUUGUAUGUUCAUAACAAAAAUCGACAGAGAGGAGAUAUGUGAUGGCAAUAGCGCCUGCUUGAUUAACCUGAAAAUGGUUGUUGAAAACCCUCUAGAAAUCCAUUAUGUUGGUGUAGAAAUUACCGAUAUGAAUGAUAAUUCUCCCAGUUUCCCAGAGAUAGCGAAAGGGCUGGACAUUUCGGAGAGCACAGACCCUGGAGCGCAUUUCCAACUGCAAUAUGCGCGUGAUCUUGACUCUGGGAUUAAUUCCAUUCUCUUGUACAAGUUAAGUCAAAACGCUAAUUUUGAAAUGGAAGUUAGAGAUAGAGGAGAUUAAAAGGUACCCUUUUUAGUUUUACAGAAAGCGCUGGAUAGAGAGCAGAAACUUGAGCACAGAUUAUUAUUGACAGCAAUCGAUGGAGGGAAUCCGCCGAGAUCAGCCAAUCUUAAUUUGACGGUCACAGUGCUAGACAUAAACGACAACCGACCUGUAUUUAGUCAGGAGGUAUACACUGUAACGUUGGAGGAAAAUGUAGACUAUUCCUCCAAGUAUUUACAAGAUACGAAUUACGACGGGACACUGUGCCACAGCAUCCAGUACAGAUCCGGAGACAAAAGGUACAUGUUAGUUGGACCCAGAAUGAGUAUAGGUUCUGCUAUAGUCCCGGGCAUCAAUGGGAAUACUCUUGUGGUUCCCUCAGAACAAAGGAGGAGAGCUUCUGGAGAGGUAAGAGCUGUCUCUAAACCUUUACACCACAUAAUAUAUGCAUUACCAUGUUUUGUCCGUGGCUAACGCAAACUCUUUGCAGCAGCGGUUGCUUUCCAUGGAGCUGAACUACCAGCUCACCGAUUAGUUUAGCUGGUGAGAGCAUUAUACUGCUAGGCUAACUACUGUACCUCAGGUUUAUUAUAUGUUCUUCUGCUGUAGUCCUUCAAUUCAGUCUCUAUCUCUUCUACUCACAUCUACUCACCGUCAUCUUGAUAUUACACCUUCUUAUAGCUAAUUUACAGUAGUUGGUGUAUUUGUUUGUUUGGAUGCAAAACGUACAUUGAUAACAACUCUCUCGGAGCCUAUGUAGUUGUUGUGGAUACCAGAAUCCUGGACCACGUGGUGUCAGUGUAACACAAGGAGACUGGUGCUUUGUAGAUUAAGCCCUUCCCAUCUCUGGUCUGUUUUGUUCCACACAUACAGAGAGAGUGGUGCGGACAUCAAAACAAGACGUCCUAAGACAGAGAGAAUAGUCUUCUAUUUUGGUUGCUGAAGCAUUGAACUCAGUAUGGAUAAUUACGAAUUGGCCAUCUGAUCAUUAGGAUUGUAUUUUUUCAUUGAGCAUUGUGUU